GGGCGGGGCCAGCCGGGAACGCGUUCCCAGGGCGGGGCCGCGCUGGAUGUGGCGUCACUGCCGUCACCGGGUCAGGGGCGGGGCCGGCGGGGCAAAGAUGGCGCUGAACAGGAACCACUCUCGGGAGGGCGGUGUCGUCAUCCCCAAUGCCGAGAGUGUCCUCAAACAGUGCAAAGAUGUGGAGCUCUCCUUCAGUGACGUGACAGGCAAGCCUGAAAUCUUCAAAGGCACCAAAAAAGGAAUGCUGUAUCUCACCCCUUACAGGAUGAUCUUUGUGUCCAAGGGCAAGGAUCCUAUGCUGUCCUUCAUGAUGCCAUUCUAUUUGGUGAAAGGAUGCUCCAUCGAGCAGCCCGUUUUCUCUGCCAAUUACAUCAAAGGGCAGAUCCAGGCCGAGGCCGGAGGUGGCUGGGAAGGGCAGGGGACAUUUAAACUGACGUUCAACAGUGGAGGAGCCAUUGAGUUUGGACAGCUGAUGUUGAAAGCUGCUUCUAGUGCUUCCAGUGGGGUUCCUCUGCAGAGCCCUGGCUAUGGAUACACCCCUGUUCCUGGAGGAUACGCCCCUGUCCCUGGGGGCUACGCGGCCCCUCCGCCCCCGAACGGACCUUACCCAUAUGCACCGCCUGCCUACGGACCUGCUCCACAGCCCAUGGGCUAUCCCUACGCCCAGACUCCAGGUAUUUACCCACCACUUCCAAACAUGAACCCCAUGUACAUGCCGCCCCCACCACCUUACUCUGGGGCGCCUCUUGCAGGACCCUCAGCACCCUCAGCUCCCCCAGCCUUGGUGAACCCAGGAAUGCCAGGAGGCAGUAAGGCCAUGGAAGCGGCUUCCAGUGCAUACUACAACCCCGCCAACCCACACAACGUGUACAUGCCCAUGGAUCUGCCACCUCCUUAUGCACCUCCUGAGGAUAAGAAGAACAACUAGCAGAAGGAAAUUGCAGCCAGCCUCCCACAUUCUCUCUCCCUGAAGACAACUUGGCUGUUAAUACCCCUCAAAUUAGCAUAUCUCUAGAUCUCUGUUUCUUUACAAUAGAUGUAGUGCUGGGCAGCUGAGCACCUGCCCUUAUUAAACAUUGAGUCAGUGGCAAUACAAGGCAGGACAACAGCACUUUCCUACUUGCUUUAUCUCAUGGGGUCAAAGGACUAACCUUUUGCCCUGCCAUUGGCUUGAGGAGAGAGAUGGACUUAUUAAACUGUAUCACAUUGUUAAUCUAGGACUAAAAUGUGAAGGCUCUGGGAUCUUGUUGGAGUAAAACAACUUGGAAUGCCAAACUUGACUUCUAAAGCACCAUCCAGGAGGAAAGGUGUAGAGAGCUAUGAGGUUCCCUGCAUAGAUCCUCCGGUGACCUAGAAAGGUGUUAAAUGUCCUUAAAUUCUAGGACGGUUCAGUGUGAGAUGGGAAUGGAAAUGCUGUAUUGUGUUGGAAGUGUGUGGCAUUCUGGACUAACAGUUGAGGGGUCAUGACCUUGGGAAGUGCAUUCAAAGAGAUGCUGAAGCAUUUGGCUACGAAAGAGGGAAGGGGAUGGUUCCCAUCAACUUGUCUUUGUAUCCAUUGAAUAGAGAAGCAAACAAAGGUGUGCCUCAGGGCAGUGAGCUCAUAGACUGGCAGGCCUGAGGAUCAUUCUGUCUUUUCCCCUGUCCGAGCAGGCCGCAUAUCUGUGCAAUGAUCCUGUGUCAGGCAGCCUAAUGCUGCACAGGAGGCUGCCAGCCUUGGAGCAAAAUAUGUUACAUAGGCAGAUGACCUGGCAGUAGCCUUGUCAGGAGACGAGUCCUGCAGCCCUGGCUCCCUCUGCCGAGCAAACUUGUGCUGUGUGCUACCUCCACAGGGGAAAACUGGCCUUCAUCUUUUCCUUCAGCUGCUAGAGCCAGGCUGUGUGCCCACAUCUGAGCAGCAUGGGCAGGUGGGCACUGUAAUGCCACAGCUGGUUGCUUACAGGUGCAGUGCCCUUGCCUGGGAGCUGCUGUCUGGGUGGGAGUUACCAAUGCUUGGCUCUCUUGCUGAGACUCUGGCUGCUCAGCCACAAUCUCUCCUUUUUCCUUAGGACAUAGUGCAGUUAAACCUGCUCUGAAGAGAGUCUCUAGUCUGGUGGAGAUCCCUGUGAUCCUUUACAUAUAGGGUGAUUGUACUUCUUCCUACAGCCUCCCUACCUUCACAAGGAGGGGGAAGGAGUGUUUUCCCUCUUCCCUGUAUGGCAGGGCUCUCCUGCAAGUCAGGUUUGCACAACUUAAAAGUAUGAAUUCCUAAAGCAGUUACACGUUGGUUUCCUCAUCUAUAAACACUUUUUCUGACUUAUAGAUAUUCUAACAACUCUGUAUUUAAAAAAAAAAAAUCAACCAUGAAUGUUUGUAACUUUUUGAAUUGCACUUUAAUACAGGAGUGUUGAUACCUUUAUCUGCCA